GAAAAGGAGCUGCUGUCUGGCUAGAAGGAUAGGCUAGCUAGGUAAUUUUGGUGCAGAGCUGCAGCUGGGGUGGAGGUGGAAAGGAAGGGGUGUUUAUUGACGAGGAAGUAGGUGGUUGCACUAGUGAACCUGAGUCUUUUUUAGGCUUGGGGGCAGGAGUUGCCCUCCAGCAUUGUUUUUCUGGCAAUUCUCUUCAGUGCCUGAGCAUGUGGAGCUGUUGGCUUGUACCAGCUUUUUGCUGGCUGGUGCACCUGUGUGUAGCUCAGAGUCUGAGGCCACAGAUUGCAAGCCCCCAGCUGGCUACAAACAAUCCCACCUUUACUACAAUUGCUUUAGAAAAACCUUUUUGUGUAUUUGAUGGCUCACUGUCCCCAGGUAAAUCCUAUGAAGUAUAUCUGUAUGCAAUGAUGGAUUCUAUGAGCAUGAUCAGCUCAGCCGUGACUGACAACAGUAGCAAACCUCUGGACAGCACUUUCCAGGAAGUGAACGGAGGCCAGCUUGGACCUUACAAGGCAGCAGUGCUAAAUGUGCCUGACUGUGCAUCGCCUCCCAAACUAGCUGAUAUUAGAAAUGUCAAAAAAGCUUCUGAUGUCCUGAAACAGUACCUCUUCAGAGUGGGAGAUGAUGUCUCUUGUUUGUAUGAUCCAAACUUCCUAGGUGUCUGUAACCCACCUCUGGCUUCAGAUACCACCUACAGGUUUAAAUACAUCUUGGUAGAUGAGACUUUGGGUAUCAUGAAAGAUGAAACUCUCUGGUCUGAUCCAAUCAAAACCAAUAGCGUUAAAAAGUCUUCAACAAUUGAUACCUGGCCUGGUCGAAGGAGUGGAGGGAUGAUUGUCAUAACCUCAAUCCUGAGCGUCCUUAUCUUUCUCCUCCUUGCAGGACUUUUUGCCUCUGUAUUCUUUGCUGUCAUGGAAUCAGAAGACUCUGCUACUACAGAAACCAGGCACAUAUCUCAAACUGUCCAGCAGGUUGCACCAAGACCUCAGGCCAGCUCUGAUAGAGCAGACCAGUGAGACUUCAGCUUUUGUUUGUACCAGGUUAAUGCCACUGGAACACAACUGAGCAGCUACAGCUGUAUUAAAUUAAAGCAUUGCCUCUUCUACUGAACUCUGAUCCAAAGAUUACUGAGCUGGAGUCUAAUCACUCAAACUGAACUGCACACUUGCCACAGUCUGGACUGUAUUUUGUCAGCUUCUGCAGUGGGUAACAUCACUUACUUCACUAGACUGCAGUUGCAAAGAGCCUCUUGCUUUCACCCUGCCACUUGCUGCUUUUGUAUCCAAUGAAGGACUCAAAACUGUAGUUUUGUCCUUGGUGGUCAGGCUGGAAAGACUAGGAGUAAAGCUUUGGCCAAAGUCCUGACAACUUUCAACUUUAACUAGUAUAAGCUUGGGUGGUAUAGUGAACAAUAAUCCUUGCUGUAUAGUUUUUAAACUGAACUCAUGCUGUUGGUGUAAGGUCCAUCUUGGAUUCCUGUUAAUAGAAAAGACUAAUUUGUGGACAUCCAUUGUGAGAUAACAGCACUUCCUGGUUAUAACAUAGUAUGGGUGGAGCUAACCUUUGACCUCUUACCUAAAUAGUUGACUUGGGCCUCUAUGAAGAAUCAAAGAUUUCUAAAAACAAACAAACAACACCCCCCCCACCAUACUAAAAUAAUAGUGCAGCAACCCCUACUGAGAGGAAGAAACAAGGGGUAAUGAUACCACUUAAUUGGUAAUAGGAUGAGAGAUGUACCUGUUCCCGGUAAUCUUGACUCCUGCAACUUUCCCCUGAGCCUCUAAAAGCCUGACAAAAGUAGUUGUCUUUAAAGAGCAGCAACACUGGUAUAGCAUCUGUAUGGAACACUUCCAUUUGGAGCUGGGCAGCCUUGUCUUAGGUGGAAGUGUCUCAGUACCAUCUUCCUAACCCUAGGCCUGCCACUGAGGGGAGCAAGCAGGCAAGGUUUAUUUGGCUUGCACAUCUGAAACCUGUAAUUAAGCUGUGUAAAUGAGUGACUUGGGAAUAUCCCUGUAGGCCACAUUCUCUCUCUCUCUCUCUCUCUCUCUCUCUCUCGUGUGUUUUAUAGAAAGCCAUGUAUUUUGCUGCCCAGCUAAUUAGGAUCUGAAGUAUGGAAGUAGUGACGUUUCCCAACAAUAUUAGACUAACAGUUGCUUUGAAGGUAGAUGGCUGGCUAACGUUCUAUGCCACUAACACAUUUUCUAAAAAGAGACUUACAGCAAAUUUGAUUGGAUCCCUCAGCUAACUGCUUAUCCAAUACUAUGAGAAGCAAACUCACCACAAGUCUGAGAGCUGUAGUGCUUUCUUCUAUUGUUACAUUUAAGUAUGCGCUUCUUUAGGGUGAAGUUCUAGUUGAAGUCAAGUCUCCCUCCCCCUUUCCCCAUGCCUCAAUUUAUUAGUCAUGCAUUUCUACUUUGAAGCCUUAUCUCAUGCAGUUUGUGUAUAGAAGCAACUCCAUUCUGCUGUAACUAAACACAUAUUCACAAAUAUGUUGCUGACACUGACACUUUGUCCUACUUUGGUAUGAAAAAUCUGGGUAACACUGUCUCAGUCUAGCAAACACUGAUUACUUCACAGCCAACAGUGAUGACCUGAAUCUGUUAAUCCUGCAUUGCUGUAAAUACAUGUAAAAAAAAAAGCUGCUGGUGUGCGUGCAGUGGUCUUUUUUGUUUUGUUUGCAUACUUUUCUGCCUAUUUAGUAGUUAAAGAACAUGUCUUAAAUGGAAAACUUCAGGAAAAUAAAAUAUUGCUGCUGAGUA